AUGACUGAUGAACAAAGGAGAAUAUAUAAUGAAAUCAUAAGUGCUGUGAAUGAAGGUAAAGGAGGAAUGUUCUUUGUUUAUGGAUUUGGAGGCACUGGAAAAACCUUUCUUUGGAGAUUACUAUCUGCAGCUAUUAGAUCUCGAGGAGAUAUUGUUCUUAACGUUGCAUCAUCUGGGAUCACUUCAUUGUUGUUACAAGGCGGUAGGACGGCUCAUUCAAGAUUUGGGAUACCACUAAAUCCAGAUGAGUUUUCUACGUGUACGUUGUCUCAUGGGUCAGAUCAAUCGAAUUUAGUGAAGGAGGCAUCACUCAUAAUAUGGGAUGAAGCACCAAUGAUGAGUAAACACUGUUUUGAAGCCUUGGAUAGAAAUUUUAAAGAUAUUAUUGGGAAGCAGAGUAACAACCCCUUUGGUGGAAAAUUCAUUGUAUUUGGAGGUGAUUUUAGGCAAGUUCUGCCAGUGAUUCCCGGUGCUGGUAGAGCUGAGGUCGUUUUGGCGUCAAUGAAUUCAUCAUACCUUUGGGACCAUUGUAAAGUGCUCAAACUAACCAAAAAUAUGAGACUGUUUUCUGGUGGGUUGUCAGUUGAAGAAUCAAAGGAUCUUAAGGAAUUUUCUGAGUGGAUAUUAAAGGUUGGUGAUGGUAAACUUGCAGAGCCUAACGAUGGUGCAGCUGAGAUCGAAAUUCCUUCAGAAUUUUUGAUUACUGACUCUAAUGAUCCUAUUGAAGCCAUCAGCAGAGCAGUGUAUGGAGAUCAUAGUUCGUUACAAGAAAACAAAGAAGCAAAGUUUUUCCAGGAAAGAGCUAUUCUAUGUCCAACUAAUGAGGAUGUCAAUGUCAUCAAUGAUUACAUGUUGGAUAAAUUGCAUGGUGAAGAAAAGAUUUAUCUAAGUACGGAUAGUAUUGAUCCUACUGAUAAAAAAUCUGUUAAUGACGAAGGACUUGCCGAAUCAUUGUAUUCGACUGAAGAAGGGUUGAUGAAUGGAACAAGAUUACAAAUUACUCAACUCAUGGAUUUUAUGGUGCAAGCUAGGAUCAUCACUGGAGAGAAGGUUGGGAAAAUAGUAGAUAUCCCAAGAUUGCUUAUUACACCAUCUGAUACAAAACUGCCUUUUAAGAUGCGUCGAAGGCAAUUGCCCUUGGCAGUUGCAUUUGCUAUAACAAUCAACAAAAGCCAGGGACAAUCUCUCUCUGAAGUUGGCAUCUUCCUACCCAGACCUGUGUUCUCUCAUGGACAGCUAUAUGUGGCUAUUUCUAGGGUCACAUCAAAGAAAGGAUUGAAUAUUUUGAUUGUGGACAAAGAUGGUAUACCUCAGAAGAAGACUAUGAAUGUUGUUUUCAAAGAGAUUUUCAACAACCUAUGA